AUGGCGUUUCUGUGUCCAGUUCGGAUACGGAGGGGCAAGAGAAAGAAAGGUGGAAAUAAGGUUCCAGCCGCGCCCCCCAGCAUCGGCCGCAUCACGGGCUCGGCCUCCAUCGAGACGCUGGUGCGGGUGGGCAUCGAGAAGGAGAACGGCCUCUCCCCCGACUCCAAGAUGGUGGUGCUGCACGACUUCGCGCCCUGCGUGGACGACGAGCUGGAGGUGCGCCGCGGCCAGAGCGUCUCGCUGCUCUACCAGGAGAACGACUGGGUGUACGUCAUCGCCGAGGGGGGCCGGGAGGGGUUCAUCCCCCACUCCUACUGCGCCCCCCACGGCUCGCACUUCGCGGACCUCGCCCUCACCAGGCACAAGAAGCUCCCCCGGGCGGCCGCGUCCGCCGCCGUGGGGGUGGCGGAGGACGGCGCCUCCUCCCGGGGCACGCACAGCGCCACCGACUCGGGGCAGCACUCGGACGCGGAGAGCUACGCGCCGCCCCCGCCGCCCAACAACGACAACUCCUCCUCCCAGGGAUCCCUGCCGGACGUGCACCCGUUCUUCAAGGACCCUGCCGGGCGGUACAUUGUCCUGUACACGUUCAUCGCGCGUGACGAGAACGACGUGAGCGUGGAGCGGGGAGAGAUGGUGACGGUCCUGAACCGGGAGGACCCGGACUGGUUCUGGAUCGUUCGUUCCGACGGACAGGAGGGCUUCGUGCCCUCCGCGUUCGUCUGCCCGGCCGACGUGCUGCACGACCACGUGGGCGCGGUGUCGGGCGGCGCGGCACCCCACCAGGCGGGGGGCCCGGGCCCCGGCGCCCCCGCCCCGGAGGACCUCCGCUUCCACGGCAGCGAGCUGGUGAUGCUGUACGACUACAAGGCCCAGGCCCCCGAUGACCUGAGCGUCCGGCGGGGGGACUGGGUGUACGCGGACAUGAACAACCAGACCGUGGACGGCUGGCUCUGGGCCUAUGCACCCAAGACGCGCAAGUACGGGUUCAUCCCCAAGGCGUACGCCCGGCCCCCCCGCCAUGACCUCCUUAUGAGGGUGCAAGCACCUCAAGAAAAUCGUGGUUACGAGAAAAGUCUUCCGAACAUUAACGUUGGAAAAUAG